GCUUCUUUCUUCCUUCCGCUACUUUAGUUUUUUACGACGACCCGACGAAUCACCACAUCGAGGCCUUGAGCCUUGCCUUCCUUACUACGACUCUCCAACCACGACUCUCUCCUUCUUUUACAUCUUUUGGUCUAUUCUACUUUGUCUUCCAUGUGAAACCUGCGAUUGACCAGUUCCUCCCCCCGAACGACUUGUGCCGUCCUUAUCCAUCCGUGAUACCCAUCCAACAACAAGCACAAAAUAACAACAUCUCGGAGCAGCUUCCCUAUUUUGACCGAACAAGUCCAAACUCCUGCGAUAUAACAGCAGGAGGGUCAAAGGAAGCCGAAACCCAAUUUAAUCCGGCGAGAGAACAGCCUAAACCUUGUCACCAUGCCCACCUAUGGCCUCCCCAGUGACGAUAGUCAGCCGCCGUCGACCCCCGAUAGGAACCUUCGCUAUGGCUCUGGCUCCUUUCGUUACGACGACAAUCCUUCCACCACUCCGGCUGGCCCUCCUCCUCCUUCGUCUGCCGCAUCCUUCACCCCAGCCGGUGCGCCUUCUGAAUCCUACUUGGGAAGCUCCGUGAUGCGUCCCUUCACUGCCCACAAAACCGCAAACCCUGGCGCCCCAAGCGCCGGAAGCACGAACAGGAACCUAUUUGGCCGACCCCAGAGUUCUCCCAAGUUCCCUCUUGCCAAUUCGAUGGCAGCCGCUAGGUCCGCCCGCCAGCCGUCUUCCUUGAGCAGGGAAUAUGGUGCUAGCAAGCAAUCUCAAUCACACGGGCUCCAGAGCAGCACCUUCCACAUCCCCACCUUCGACGACAGCGACGAAGACGAAGACGAAGAGGAAGAACCCGACGAGGUGGCCGAGGCCGACGAAGAGAUGAAGCGAUAUCUCGAAGCCGAUAUCGAUGAACCCGAGGACGAGUCGGUCGACGCCGAUGAAGACGAGGAUAUGUUCCUGAGCAUGCGGCACGAGAAGGCGGGUGCGGGUGCGGGUGCGGGAGAUCAGUAUAAUGAACCUGUCUUUGCCGGUGCCGCCAUAUACGACGAAGACACCGGUCAAGAGGCCAACAAAGAUGCUGGCGCCGCCGGCAACGCCAUGGACGAGGACUUCGACUUCAGUUUUGACAACCCCGACGACUCGGAUCCUGACUUUAUGCAACUCGUUACCCCUGCUGCCACAGAAAAAAUGCGGAAGGAAGCUGAAGAUAUUUUCCGCGCCUCCACCCGUCGCCGAUCUUCACUAAGCGGCAGGGCCCUCAAGUUUGCUUCCACCGCCCGCGAUCUCUACACCGAGCUCGGUUCCGCCCUCAUCACCGAGUCGCCUUCCGUCCUCCUCCAAACCGAGGAACUGAUCAACCAGCUAUACGACGAGGGAAUCGGAACGGAAGAGGACUCGGAUAAACUCGACUCCUGGCUUUCUCAGAUUGCAGACAACCUGACCGACACCUGGAGGCAGUAUGCUUCGAGUCUUCCGAUGCCCGAAGGCGAACACAUCGCCGAGGUAGGCCCCAGUCCGGAGGACGAGCCCUUCCGCAAGGCAUCGUACGUCGCCAACCUGGUAUUGCGCCUGCAUCACACCCGCACGGGCGACCCCCAGACCGACGCCCUGCCACGCAUUCUGUUCGAGUGGGCCCAGAAGAACCACGAUCUCUAUCCAGGCCAAGCCAGCGACGUGCUGAGUCACAGACCUUGCCCCGCCGCCCAUCCACUCUACUGGCAGACCAUCUCAAGCUCACUCAUGCGGGGGAAUAUCGCCGGCGCCGUGCAGCUGCUCACGGAUGCCGGGUGGGGAGCCGUCAGGAAGGGUCCUCGGGGCGAACUGGCCUAUACGGGCAAGGCCCUGGAAAACGUACAACGCGCUGUCGAUAUCACAAUCGAUAUGCUCAAGGCCUGCCCCGGCAACAGGCACAAAGAGAACUGGGACGUUUUCAACAGCGACUGGACGCUGUUCCGUAUCCAAGCCAAGGGUUCGCUGGACAGGCUCCAGCGGUUUGCCGAGGGCCGGGGCCAGGACAGACCCCAGUUCGCCAUGGGCGGCGACUACGACUACGACAAUGGCGGUGGCGCGUCGGGCCGCCCUUCGCUGGCCAGCCUUGCCCGUAAAGCCGAGAGCCAGGUCCCUUGGGACAUCUACGAACACCUCCACAUGACUUAUGAGGUUGCCAUGGGCGUGCCCGAGGCUAUCCUGGAUGCGGCCCAGGACUGGUGCGAAGCGACAAUCGGCUUGUUCGGCUGGUGGGAUGUCGACCAGACCGGCGAUAGGGACAAGAGCUUCCGCAUGUCUCGGUCGCACGGCCUACAGGCGUUGGCCCUACCCGCCCCCUCUACGGGAUCGGAUGUCUGGCUGGACCGCCUGACCACGGCGCUCCAUACUGCCGUCGCAUCGCAAUUCGAACCGAACCCUAGAAAUUCAGUCGAGAUGGCCAUCGUUUCCGCCUUUGAGGGCAACAACACGGCAGUCAUCGGGUUCCUCCGAGCCUGGUCUCUACCUGUAGCGGCUGCCGUUGCCGAGCUGGCUUCCUUGGGCCAGUGGCUGCCGAAACCGGAGUCGCCGAACCUGAUAUCUCUGGAGAGCCUAGAUCAGGAGGACCUGGCUAUUCUUGGCAUGCCGGCCCGGGGCAAGGACGAAGUGGAGGGCGUCAAAGAUACCACUCUCGUACAGUACGCACGAGAGCUCGCGGGCAUUGACCAGCUGUCGCCGCAACGGUACGGAUGGGAGGUGGCCAUGGAGGUUUUAGGACGCAUGGACUCGGCGGAACGGUCCGAAGAGAUGGUCGGGGAGCUGCUUCGGGACAUUCUUGACGCGCUGAAUGUCGACUCGAGUGACACGGUCGAGAAGCUAUGGAAGAUUCUUAAUGAACUCGGCAUGAUCGCGUACGCCGAGGACACUGCAGAGAACUUUGCGGAGAUACUGGCGAGGGACUCGCAUCGAUAUGGCGAGGCGCUCUGGUACUACGCCCUUGCUCACCGGCCGGGCAAGGUGCGUGAGGUGCUCAACCUUCUCACGUCAUACUCCCUCAUGCAGUCGGCCGUCUUCCCUCCCCGCGAAGACCUCGACGAUCACCUCCACCGACUCCUUACCGAGCGCAGCAAAACCCUGGAGCAGUACGCCCAACAGGAUCUAGAGGCGGCUCAGCUCCUGGGCCGCAUGCUCAGCGGGUACGCCACUCUGCGCAAGUUCUACGAAAUCCGCGACACCCCAGGCCUGGCGUCCAUGUCGUCGCACAAAGCCGCCGCACUUCGCCGGCAAGCGGCAACGGCCAUUGUGGCGGUGAUUUCCAGCUCAGACGACAACAUCCGCGGCGGCCUCUACGACGAGAGGCGCGAUGCCGUGGUGAGCGAGGAUUUUCUCUUGGCCCUUCUCGGCGAAGCUCUGGCGUUUGUCAACUCGGGUUCGGAGGUGGUCAUCACGCUGGACCAAAUGGACGCCCUCCUCAAGGCGGUUGAGGACAUUGAGACGGUAUCAUCGACGGUCUUUGACGCCGCAGACGAGUUCUUCAAUCUUGUCUUGGCCUCGGCGCAGGGCUUGAAAGAGUCGACGCCUUAUGACCUGAUGCGGAGGAAGAACACGAACACGAACACGAACACGAACACGAGCGCGAGCAACCUGAGCGUGUCCAGCUCGCACAUGCUGAGCGGCAGCACCAUGCUGGCGAGCCAGCUGCACCGGUCCGUGAGCGGCGGUCUCAGCAGAACGGGGGGCUCGGCGAAGCGCGGCUGGGACUGGCGCAGUGGGCUGACGGCUGGCGCCGCCACGAGCCGGGACGUCCUGCGCAUGUUGAGGCUGGGACUGUCGAAGGAUUUGUCUAAACUGUGGCUCGCCGAGGCCGAUACCGCGCCCGUCGUGGGUUAGGAACGCGAAGGGCGGCAUUUGUCUCGGUUUUGGUCCCCGUCGCGGCUGCCGAUGGUUGGUUCGUUUUGGACGGCGAGCAGCCUCGCUAAUGCGGAUACGGCGGAUGGUGAUGGGGAUGGUGACACAUACAUGGACGGGGAGUUGGAAUAUGCGUUGGGCGGUCCGUUGGUUUGAGGCCGAUUACUCCGUGUUAUUAAUGCAGAAAAGGGAAUACAACGUAUUGUGGUCUUGGUCUUGUUCUCACUCUAGUUCAGCCCAUAGAUCCCAUCAUCGAGUUACCUCAUCUCAUUCCCUACCUACUCCAGUGACGAGGAGCUCAGCCU